AUGGAUCAUCAGGAGGUAUCUCGUCGAAACGGCGCUGCAAAGCGACCAAACACCAACCUGAAAGUCGGCGCCAGCUCGUCAGGACUUGUCGACCAAGCCGACCCACUGUGCGAACACAGUUCUGUUCAUAAUUGUGCGAAUCUGACUAGACAUGGCUGUGGUUCCCACGUGCUGGGGCGUAACAUUGGCAGGGUUGAUUGGAGAAUCGGAAAACAUAAUGCGGGAGGGGUGAGGCUGAUGGGCUUCCGCCAUGUCCAACUUAGAUGCCACUACUCCCGUACUAAAGCCACCUAG